AUGUUAAAAAUUGCAGAUACUUCAGAAGAUUUUUUGAGGUUUUCUAAUUAUUUAUAUACAAGCUAUCUUGAAAGUUAAUAAAUAUAAUCACUUUAACUUAUUUCUUUAACAACUAUGAAAAAAUUAAGAAAAAUAAUUAAAAAAAAAAGAAAAAUAAAUAAUACAUACAAAAAUAACUCUUUCUGGUUAAAAUAAAAUUAUUUCUACAAAUAAAAAAUAAAUAUCAAAAAAUAUGAAUUAAUCAAUAAACAAUAAAAUAAUUGUAAAUUUAUUUAAAAUAAAAAAAGAAAUUUAAAUGUAAAUCUAAACAUAAUUAAAAAUUGA